GUUGUGCGCAGUUCGGGGAUUCCGCCCAGGACUCGGACCGAAACUUAAAACACCCCACUCUCCCGCCAGCCAAACGGCACGGCUGCCUGCUUCCAGCCGGACAGUCGUGUCUCUCAAAAGUCUUCUUCUAAAGCGGCUUCAAGAGGCGCGGGCCUACGGCGCGUUGAACCCCGGAAGUGACGUCUCCCAGAGGGGCCGGAAGUGGCAGUGGAGGGAGGGAAGAUGGCGGAGGUGGUGAGUCCGGUGCCCGGGGCGGGGCGGAGGGAGCCAGGGGAGGUGGGUAGAACCCGAGGCCCCCCAGUAGCCGACCCUGGCGCCGCGCUGUCUCCCCAGGGGGAGAUAAUCGAGGGCUGCCGCCUGCCCGUGCUUCGGCGGAACCAGGACAACGAAGAUGAGUGGCCCCUGGCCGAGAUCUUGAGCGUGAAGGACAUCAGUGGCCGCAAGCUUUUCUACGUCCAUUAUAUUGACUUCAACAAACGCCUGGAUGAAUGGGUGACCCACGAGCGGCUGGACCUAAAGAAGAUUCAGUUCCCCAAGAAAGAGGCCAAGACCCCCACCAAGAACGGACUUCCUGGGUCUCGCCCCGGCUCUCCAGAGAGAGAGGUGCCGGCCUCCGCCCAGGCCAGCGGGAAGACCUUGCCAAUCCCGGUCCAGAUCACACUCCGCUUCAACCUGCCCAAGGAGCGGGAGGCCAUUCCCGGUGGCGAGCCUGACCAGCCGCUCUCCUCCAGCUCCUGCCUGCAGCCCAACCACCGCUCAACGAAACGGAAGGUGGAGGUGGUUUCACCAGCAACUCCAGUGCCCAGCGAGACAGCUCCAGCCUCGGUUUUUCCCCAGAAUGGAUCAGCCCGUAGGGCAGUGGCAGCUCAGCCAGGACGGAAGCGAAAAUCAAAUUGCUUGGGCACUGAUGAGGACUCCCAGGACAGCUCAGAUGGAAUACCGUCAGCGCCACGCAUGACUGGCAGCUUGGUGUCGGACCGGAGCCACGACGACAUUGUCACCCGGAUGAAGAACAUCGAGUGCAUCGAGCUGGGCCGGCACCGCCUGAAGCCUUGGUACUUCUCCCCGUACCCGCAGGAGCUCACCACGUUGCCCGUCCUCUACCUCUGCGAGUUCUGCCUCAAAUACGGCCGCAGCCUCAAGUGUCUGCAGCGUCACUUGACCAAGUGUGACCUGCGACAUCCUCCGGGCAACGAGAUUUACCGCAAGGGUACCAUCUCUUUCUUUGAGAUUGACGGCCGUAAGAACAAGAGUUAUUCCCAGAACCUGUGUCUCUUGGCCAAGUGUUUCCUCGACCACAAGACGUUGUAUUAUGACACAGACCCCUUCCUCUUCUAUGUCAUGACAGAGUAUGACUGCAAGGGUUUCCACAUAGUGGGCUACUUCUCCAAGGAAAAGGAAUCCACGGAGGACUACAACGUGGCCUGCAUCCUGACCCUGCCUCCCUACCAGCGCCGGGGCUAUGGCAAACUGCUCAUCGAGUUCAGCUAUGAACUCUCUAAAGUGGAAGGGAAAACAGGGACUCCUGAGAAGCCCCUCUCAGACCUUGGCCUCUUAUCCUACCGGAGCUACUGGUCCCAAACCAUUCUGGAGAUCCUGAUGGGGCUGAAGUCAGAGAGCGGGGAGAGGCCACAGAUCACCAUCAAUGAGAUCAGUGAAAUCACCAGCAUCAAGAAGGAGGAUGUCAUUUCCACUCUACAAUACCUCAACCUCAUCAACUACUACAAGGGCCAGUAUAUCCUCACGCUGUCAGAGGACAUCGUGGAUGGACACGAAAGAGCUAUGCUCAAGAGGCUCCUUCGGAUCGACUCCAAGUGUCUGCACUUCACUCCCAAGGACUGGAGCAAGAGGGGAAAGUGGUGACCGGACAAUGGCCACAGCAGUGGCGACAAAGGAGAACUGGGGCUGACGGCACAUCCCACCCCUACCGGGGCCCCCGAGAGGCACACCAAGGGAGGUGGCGCUGAGGACAGCGCCAUAAGGAGAGGACAGGCCUGGUAGGGGCUGCUGGUGCCUAGCACCAGGGUAAGCUCAGGGCUCAGAUCAGCUCCAAGGUCAGCUGGCUGCAGGUCUGGGCCUGCUGUGAACCAGAGACUGGACAGAGCCAGGCAGCUGUGUACAGUGGGAUAGGGGGGUGGGGGAGUGGGUGCACUCUGUACAGGGGGCCAGUGGCUGUAAAAAUUUCUUUUGUAAAGUAGGAGUUGGGUGGGGAGGGGUCCUGGCUACAAAAUUCUGGCCUCUUUUGCCCUCACUGCCCCUUGGAAAUAAACUGUUUCUAUGGGCCAGA